UCGCAAUUCCUCCUUAUUCCUCUUCGGGACUUCUGGCUGCGUCCCGUAAACCGUUGUCCUCUUUUGCAUCGUAUGCAUUGUUUGCUUCUUUGUCAAGGGUUGAGCCCUCGUGCCCUACGAUCCUGUCAAUAUACAUGCAAACAUCGCUCUCCCACAUAUUGUCUAUCCUUUCCUCUGUCAAGCUCUUCUCAAGGCUCUUCCUUACCACGCUCCUCGCUCCCGAAGCCAUAACCAACAUGGUCUUUUCAAACCUCUUCUUCACGGGCCGAAGCCUGGCCAAAGGACUCUGGCGCAGAACGUCCUCACUUUGUCGUCGUACACUCUCUGGUUUCAACUGGCUCAAGAAGAAUUUUGCAGAUCUGGUGAAGAAAGCAUUGAAAUUCCUCUCGCGUCCUGAAGUCAUAGGAGUUAUUACCUUCGCCGUUGCUCUGGGAAUCCUUUUUGGUCUUGGAUUCGGAGUUUCUGGGAUUGCUGCUGGAUCCGCCGCCGCUGCUUUUCAAUCCGUUGCUUUCGGUGCGUUUACUCCUGCCGGUGGAAUAUUCGCUGGCUUGACGAGUAUGGCGAUGACAGGUCUGUACCCUGUGUUUGCCUUCGUUUUGGCUGGGGUCAUUGCGAUGGUCAUGGCGGUUAUUGCGAAAAUUGUACAGAGACAGGCUCGGGCCUAGUGUACUGGAGGAAGUGUUAUGUUGGAUUUUACUUCUUAGAAAGAGAA